GACAAUUCGCUACCUCUCCUGCAGUGGGUAGGUUUAGGGGCAGCAUGCCGAUUCAUUGGAACUGGCUAUUAAUUGAUGAGAAUCGAAAGAAAAUUCUGAAAGUUUCGCAUUUGGGAAUAGAUAAUCAACACGAAACGCACAAUUUCUCAUUGUUUUCCAUCGGUGCAUCAAUACUGCUGUUGUUAGGAGAGAAACAGUAGAGAGACGCUGGCGAUUAGUGAUACUAAUGCAUUUUAAAUAGUUACCCCUCUAUCAGUUUGACGCUCAUCGACUCGGCCAAGAAAGACUCACCAUGUCCUCGUCUGAGCAAAAUCCAAAUGCGCCGCCGAAAGAGGCUACCGAUGCAGUUUUAGUCCCUUCGGAUGAGCUGCCUGAAGAUGCUCAAAAGGUCGAGGAAAUCGACUUCAAUGCCUUCAAGGGCAAGGCGAUAACCGUUGAUGAUAUCAUACGCAGUAUGAGUAACAUGGGCUUCCAAGCCUCUUCAAUCGGGGAUGCUGUGAAUAUUAUCAACAAAAUGGUAAGUUGUCAAUACCUGCUAUACACGUCUCGGAAUUUGGGAAGUAACGAUAUAUAUUUAAAGCGGUCAUGGCGUGACCCAGAGACUGGUGACAGAACGACUAUAUUCUUGGGAUAUACGUCCAACAUGAUAUCUUCGGGUCUCCGAGGCAUCUUUCGAUAUCUGGUAGAGCAUAAGCAUGUGUCAUGCAUCGUGACUACAGCCGGAGGAAUAGAAGAGGACUUUAUCAAAUGUCUAGGAGACACGUACAUGUCGUCCUUUAGUGCAAAGGGUUCCGACCUCCGAGCCAAGGGUCUGAACAGGAUCGGAAAUCUGAUGGUACCAAAUGUUAACUACUGUGCCUUUGAAGACUGGGUCGUGCCCAUUCUGGAUAAAAUGCUUGAGGAACAAGAGGCCAGCAAAGGCACCGACGCCGAGAUUAAUUGGACACCAUCGAAAGUAAUACACCGGCUCGGAAAAGAAAUUAAUGAUGAGAGAUCGGUGUAUUAUUGGGCAUAUAAGAACGACAUACCUGUGUUUUGUCCGGCUUUAACAGAUGGCAGUCUAGGCGAUAUGCUCUACUUUCAUUCUUUCAAGGCAUCGCCGAGGCAGCUCAAGAUCGACAUUGUGGAAGAUAUACGUCGAGUGAACACCAUAGCCGUGCGCGCCAAGCGAGCGGGAAUGAUCAUUUUAGGGGGUGGUGUAGUCAAGCAUCAUAUUGCCAACGCCUGUCUCAUGAGGAACGGAGCCGAUUACGCCGUUUAUAUAAAUACAGCCCAGGAAUUUGAUGGAAGCGAUGCUGGGGCAAGACCGGACGAGGCCAUUUCAUGGGGAAAGAUUAAACCUGGAGCUGAGCAUGUCAAGGUCUACUUGGAGGCUUCUGCGUGCUUCCCCUUUAUUGUGGCUAGCACAUUUGCGAAAGAUGCUUAAUUCAGUUAGAAUGCUCGUUAUUCCACGGUUAACGAUACCCGUUUCUAAAAGCCAAAUCUAAAUACAUUUAGACAAGCCAGUGAUAUACAGUAAGAUCAUACAGCGAGUGACCAACUCGCAAGCUAGAAGGACUUUUGCCAAUCUGUAUGUAGGGGUUUUCUCUCAAUGAGCUCCUAUGUUACCUUGGGAUGUAUGCUCAUGUGGUCGAGAAGUAAACAUCUUUACAAUCACACCGCAUUAAUGUGAUACAGCAUCUAGAAUCAAGAAUUACAUCUUCCCUUUUCAUCACUCCGGGGCACGUGCC